AUGCCGAGGCAGGUGGAUGAGCCCUCGGAACAGAAAGGUUUCACCCUCCGGCGUUCGGCCAUGGGGUGUGCACCAGGGCAGGUAGUGAGGGUGGGCUGGGCAUCCCAGGUGAGUCAGGAGGCAGGCACUGCUCAGCCUGUACUGGGGGUCUAUGAGCACAGGCAUACGCCCAAUUUUUUUCCAGGUAUCCUUGAAUUCAUCAGUGUGGCAGUGGGACUGGUCAGUAUUAGAGGCGUGGACAGUGGCCUUUACCUUGGAAUGAAUGAGAAGGGAGAACUCUAUGGCUCUGAGAAACUAACUUCUGAGUGCAUCUUCAGGGAACAAUUUGAGGAAAACUGGUACAACACUUACUCAUCCAAUGUCUACAAACACGGAGAUUCAGGGCGGAGGUACUUUGUAGCACUUAAUAAAGAUGGUACUCCCAGAGAUGGGGCAAGGUCCAAAAGACAUCAGAAAUUCACACAUUUCUUGCCCCGGCCUGUGGAUCCUGAAAGAGUUCCAGAACUGUACAAGGAUGUGUUAGGAUACAGCUGAGCCAAGAGGCAGCUUUGGCAGAUAAGCAAAUUGGAGCUGUUGCCCGUGCUUUCAUGGCAGUGCCAGCAUGAGGAACCUGCAGCGGUCGAGGAUGCUGGAUGUGAAGAACCCACUUGGUGAAGGGCAGGCCUCUGUUUCUAGCCUCUGGAUGUGGGAGACAAAGCCUCAAAGAUGAGUGUGGACCAGCCUCCUCAAGACUUGCUGAAUGGCUUGGUAGCCAGUCACCAGGGGGAAGAGGGACUUCUUAAAACAUAACCAACUCCUGGCAAUUCUGUCUGGAUUACCUGUGGCCUGUAGAUUGGCAAGGAACCAUCUGCAUCAUAUGGAUGAGACAAUGAUGGAAGAAGUAGAAAGAAAUGGACUAUAAAAUAGUGAUAAAUCCUGGGAACUGUGUGUGAAGUUUUACAGGCUCCACUUUAGUGAUGGACGUUAGAUGUCAAUACAUAGCAGUCAAAACUGGAACUUUUCUUCAGGAUGGACCUAUUUAUACAUCUCCAGAUAGCAUAUAUUUAUUUUAUAUAUUUAUUUAUUGAAGAGUUUAUUUUUUACUGGGAUAUGAAGAGAAUACAAGUUUCUAACCCCAAUGAGAAAUCAUUUACAGUGCCAAUAUUUACUCUGAGUAGUGUCCUGAUACAGAAAUGACAUUACCUUGCAAUGCAUCCAAAACCUGAAAAUUUGUAUUUCAUUGUUUAUCAGUUACAGAUAAGUUUAUAUUUUAUAUGCAUACCAUUACCUUGUAACUGUCCUUAUUUGGAAAAGAAUGUUUAAUUUUUUUUUUACUUAUGAGAGUGCCUUACAGAUUGUAUUAAAUUCAAAUGCACAUUUAAAAAGGGAAUUAAAAGUUACUUCACUUUA